GGAGCCAGCGGUUGGGGCAGCAGAAGGCUAGUUGCCACCUGGAGCCUUAAAGAUCACAAUAAGACGAGACCACGGAUCUGCUGAGCCCGGAGAUUGCUCGGACACGGAGAGAUGAGGGGGUUCAGUGUGUCCCAAGCGAUUCGAAGUCUGCGGACUUUCAAAGACUUCCGAGCUGGAGUUUGCCAAGGAGAUCCCCCUGGGGCAAGCCAUCAACCCUCCUUUGGCCUUCUUUUUGAUAUUGAUGGGGUGCUGGUGAGAGGGAAGACCCCAAUUCCUGCUGCAAAGAAAGCUUUUCAGAAGCUGGUUGAUAAUAAGGGCCAGUUCCUGGUGCCAGUCGUCUUUGUUACAAAUGCUGGAAAUUGCUUGCGUCAGACUAAAGCAGACCAGUUGUCAAACCUUCUGGGAGUUCCUAUCUCGCAGGAGCAGGUCAUGAUGUCUCACAGUCCUUUGCGAAUUUUUAAGCAAUACCACCGCAAAUGUGUCCUGGUAUCUGGACAAGGCCCCAUCCUGGAUAUUGCCAAAUAUUUAGGAUUUUCUAAUCCGAUCACAGUUGACUCUGUUCGGGAGUCCUUGCCUUUCCUCGAUAUGGUGGAUCAUAGUCGGAGACCAAAGAUUCUGCCAUCUACAGCAGCGAAUAUUCCCAAGAUAGACGCUGUGAUCCUUUUUGGUGAACCAAUUAGAUGGGAGUCCAACCUCCAAAUCAUUAUUGAUGUAUUAUUGACUGGAGGAUCCCCAGCAAACUCACACCAGUCUGCCAGUACCCCCCAUAUACCUCUUCUCGCUUGUAACAUGGAUCUGAUGUGGAUGUCCGAGGCAAGGUCACCAAGGUUUGGCCACGGGAUAUUUAUGCUUUGCCUGGAAAACAUCUACAAAAAGAUUACAGGAAAAGAACUCAAAUAUGAAGCCUUAAUGGGGAAGCCAAGUGAGAUCACCUAUCACUAUGCAGAGUACCUGAUCCGAUUACAGGCAGCAGCGAUGCGCUGGAGCAAGCCAGUUCAGACUCUCUAUGCUAUUGGGGAUAACCUAAUGACGGAUAUAUAUGGUGCUAAUCUUUACAACCGUCAUCUUCAGGAAAGCAACUCUAGAAAAACCUCAGAAACCCUAGUCCAAGCUGCAUCUGGUGCGGGCUUGGCCACGGUCUCCCAGGAAGAGGAUCCAGCCUGGGAGAAUGAAUUAUCUUUUCCCGCCGCCACACGCUGCCACUCGGUCCUGGUUUGCACUGGGAUUUAUAACCCUCACACUAAAGUGCCUACAGAUACCUCUCAGUCUGUUACAGAGACUGUUUUUCACGGUCAUAGGGAUUUCAGGCUUGAACCAGAACUGGUGGAACCUGGACACAUAGUUGAUGAUGUUGAUGCUGCUGUAGAUCUGAUUUUUAAGCUUGAAACCUUUCUACCAAACGGUGGUAACCAGACUGCAUAGAGAACCUAAAACCAGAUGUAACCUCAGACAGCAUAUCUGUCAUCUUCUAUGCUGAUUGUUUUUCUUUU